AUGUGGGCUCUAAGAGUUCAUGGAUAUGUCUUGGUUUUGUCAUUUUGUUUCAUUACAUUCAUGGUUACCUCACAAAAAACAGAUCCUUCAGAAGUAAGAGCACUGAUAGACAUCAAAAAUAGUUUGAUUGAUCCAAUGGGCAAACUGAGGAAUUGGAAUAAGGGCGAUCCAUGUGCAGCACACUGGACUGGAAUUUGGUGUUUCGAUAAAAAGGGCGAUGAUGGUUACUUCCAUAUCCGCGAGCUCUACCUGAUGACUAUGAAUCUCUCGGGCACUCUAGCGCCGCAGCUUGGUAUGCUUUCCCAACUCAACAUAAUGGAUUUCAUGUGGAACAAUCUGACUGGCACGAUACCAAAAGAAAUUGGACGCAUUACAUCAUUGAAACUCUUGCUCUUGAAUGGAAAUAAAUUAUCUGGCAGUUUACCAGAUGAGCUUGGCAACCUUAGGAAUAUGAACAGACUCCAACUAGAUGAAAACCAACUAUCAGGUUCUGUGCCAGAAUCGUUAGCGAAUUUGGUCAACGUUAGACACCUCCACAUGAACAACAACUCGUUCACCGGUCAACUUCCAUCCAAACUUUCAAACCUAUCCAAUCUUAUGCAUUUGCUUUUGGACAACAAUAACUUAUCGGGAUAUCUUCCACCAGAAUUCUCCAAGUUACACAGUUUGGAAAUACUGCAACUUGAUAACAAUAAUUUCAGCGGAAAUGGAAUUCCUUCCACUUAUGAAAGAUUACCCAAGCUUGUAAAAUUGAGUCUGAGAAAUUGCAGUCUGCAAGGAGCUAUUCCCGAUUUAAAUUCAAUACCAAGUCUUAAAUAUUUGGAUCUUAGCUGGAAUCAGUUCACUGGACCUAUACCGUCAAGUAAUCUUUCAACCAAUAUGACAACCGUUGAUCUGUCACAUAACAAACUCAACGGAUCAAUUCCUCGAGGCGGAAUAUAUCCUUAUCUUCAAAGAUUGCAACUAGAGAACAAUUUACUGUCUGGCUCCUUUCCUGCUACCAUAUGGCAGAACAUAUCCUUCAGCAAAAAGGCAAAACUUAUAAUUGACUUUCAUAACAACUUACUUUCUGACGUUUUCGGAGAUCUGAAUCCCCCAGCAAAUGUUAUCAUAAGGCUUUCUGGAAAUCCUGUUUGCGAGAACUCCACCAUACAAAGAAUUGGUCAAUAUUGCGGUAAAGAAGGGCGUGAAGUAGAUGAAGAUUUUACAACGUCAACGGCUGUCUGUCCCGUUCAAGCUUGUCCAGUAGAUAAUUUCUUUGAAUAUGCACCCUCACCCUCAUCCCCUCCAGAUCCUUGUUUUUGUGCGGCGCCUCUAAGAAUUGGAUAUAGGCUUAAAAGUCCAAGUUUUUCGUACUUUCCUCCCUAUAAAACUAGUUUCAAAACAUACUUGACUAAGUCCUUAAACUUAGACUUCAAUCAGUUAUCGGUAGAUUCUUACGAAUGGGAAGAGGGGCCUCGUCUCAGAAUGAAUCUGAAAAUUUUCCCUUCAUACAAUGAUUCUCGCUCUCAUAUAUUCAACACAAGUGAAGUCCUUCGCAUUGCCAGCAUCUUUUCGUCAUGGAGAUUUCCUCACACGAUUCUUUUCGGACCAUAUGAACUCCUGAAUGUCACUCUUCUAGGACCUUAUGCAAAUAUAAUUAUUAAUACAGAUAGCAGAAAGAGAAAAACAGGCAUUAUUGUUGCUAUUAUAAUCGGAGCCGUUGCUGCUGUUUUAGCAAUGACCGCAACAAUCAUGCUUCUAAUUUUUAGAAGAAAUUCGAAAUAUAUGCACUUGAUUUCCAGGAAACGAAUGUCCUCUAAUGUAUGUAUCAAAAUAGAUGGUGUGAAAGCAUUCCCUUUGAAAGAGCUGACUCACGCCACUAACAAAUUUGAUAUCUCGACUAAAGUUGGGGAAGGAGGUUAUGGAAAUGUCUAUAAGGGCAUUUUAUCCGAUGAAACAUUUGUUGCCGUUAAGCGAGCAGGAGAAAAUUCAUUACAAGGGCAAAAAGAGUUCUUGACUGAGAUUGAGCUUUUAUCGAGGUUACAUCAUCGAAAUCUUGUCUCCCUAUUAGGCUAUUGUAAUGAAGAAGGAGAGCAGAUGCUGGUUUAUGAAUUCAUGCCCAACGGCACACUAAGGGAAUGGAUUUCUGGUAAAAAUAAAAAAUUCAACAAAGGUCUUAGCUUCUGCAUGAGGUUACGGAUUGCAAUGGGUGCGGCGAGAGGAAUACUAUAUCUGCAUACAGAGGCUAACCCUCCUAUAUACCAUAGAGAUAUUAAAGCCAGUAACAUACUUCUAGACUCCAAGUUUACAGCUAAAGUGGCUGAUUUUGGAUUGUCACGGCUUAUACCAUACUCAGAUGAAGAGGGAACUGUACCUAAAUAUGUGUCGACCGUUGUGAAGGGAACACCGGGUUACUUGGAUCCAGAAUAUAUGAUGACUCAUAAGUUAACUGAUAAAAGCGAUGUAUACAGCCUAGGAAUUGUGUUGUUAGAACUUUUGACUGGCAUGCAUCCGAUAUCACGAGGGAAAAACAUUGUCCGCGAGGUUAAUCUGGCUUGUCAAAAUGGCACGAUGGAUUCAAUCAUAGAUACCAGAAUGGGUGAGUAUCCAUCUGAAUGCUUAGACAAGUUCUUAGCUCUGGCCCUCAGUUGCUGUCACGAUCGACCAGAUGAGAGACCAUCCAUGAUGGACGUUGUGAGGGAAUUGGAGGACAUUAUUGCCUUGUUACCUGAAACUGAGAGUGAAAUUUGUUUCUCAGAUGUUUCCUUAGAUAAUUCUGGUAAAAUGGUGCCCUCGUCUUCCUCAUCAGCGACGACAUCGGGGAACAUUAUGACAAGAAAGGACCAGCAGCACAUGUCUGCAGAUGUGUCUGGAAGUGAUCUUAUCAGCGGCAUCGACCCUACUAUUGUUCCGCGUUGA